AGAGGGAUGUGUCUCAGAGGAAACCAACACUUCUCACAAAUAGCGCUCGGUCGCUGUUUCUGUGCAACUAUUGCCCGACGGUCCAAAGAAAUUUUUCAAUUGACCUGAAGCAAUGGCUGAGGAAGAGGUUCAGUAUGCUUCAGUUGUAUUUAAAGGUAACCAACGGAAACCACAAGCUAAAAGGGAGCCGGAGACCAUAUAUGCUGAAGUUAAAGUGCAAAAUGAAGCUGCAGUUGCCUCAGCAGGACCGCUGGCAGAAAAAGAAGCUGAAAAAAGAAGUCAUGACUUUCAAAAGUUGGCUUAUUGCUUUGGGACUAUCUGCUUCAUUUUGCUGCUGGGCAUCAUAGGCAUCUGUGUUUACCUUACAAAAAUUCAUAAUGAUGAACGCCACUUUAAAUCCACUCAAAUGGCUCUGCUGUUUGAAAAAUCCAACCACCCCAAAAUCAACACCGAAAUCACAAGCCUGAAUGCAGAGAACCAGAAGCUGAACACAGAAAACAAGCAGCUGGAGGCCGAGAAGAAAAACCUGACAGAAGAACUAAAGAACAAGGAGGAUGCACAGAUUAAGUUCAACGCCAGUCGAGCUCAGUGGAGCAUUGAUGCCUACUGUCCAAAGACAAAUAACUUUAGAACAUGUCAGCAAUGUGAAAAAGACUGGUUGAAUAAUCAGGACAGCUGCUACGCUGUAAAUAAUGCUGCACCUGAUAAAAGAAGAAGCUGGGAAGAAGCUCGAAAAAUCUGCAGAGGAAAGGGUUCAGAUCUGGUUGUUGUUGAUGAUGAAAAAGAAAAGACAUUUGUCAAUGAUAAAAGUUGGGGCAGUUCUGGGACAACUGGCUUCUGGAUCGGCCUGAAAGCAGAAAAUGGGACAUGGAAGUGGAUCGAUGGAAGUUAUUUAGCUAACAACUCCUGGAUGACAGAACAACUUCAGGAUGGUCAAUGUGUGAUAUCUGUCCAAAGUCAAGGAUGGAAGUCAGUGAGCUGUAAUGAAAAUCAACAAUGGAUCUGUGAAAAGGCAGCUUUAUCUGUUUAAAUCCUGAAAUUAAAAGUCAUUGUUAAUGUAGAUUUAAAAACGUGUUAUCACCAGCAGAGGGCGCUGUAAACCCUUUC